CACUGAAGGCAUCGAGUGUCUGACUGGGAAAGAUGGAGCGGAUUAUCCUCCUGUGCAUGUUCUCCGUCUGCGUCUCCGCUUUACAGACUCCGAAUUUUUUGUUGCGUCCCAAAUGGGGUCCCAUUGGGUAUAGAGGACGCGAAGAGCCAAAGGAUGAAACAGCAAUGGAUGCAAUCAUUAAAGCCAAUGAGUUCCUGGCUUCUCGUGUCAUAGAUGGCACAACCACUUUGAGAGAGGGAGACAUUGCUGUUUCCUCUGGAAGACGCGCCAAAGUGUGCUUUGCGCGCAGCUGCCUCUGGAAUAAAUCGGUUGAUGGUCAUGUCUAUAUUCCUUACAGAGUGUCACCCGAGUACACUGAGGUGGAGACAAAGCUGAUAAAGAAAGGAAUGGAGAACAUAGAGAAAGGCACCUGCGUCCGCUUUGUUCCUCUGACUCAUCAGAGAGACUACAUUGACAUCGUGCCGCAGUCUGGAUGCUGGUCCUACCUUGGUUCACGUGGUGGACGGCAGACGGUGUCCCUGCAGAGUCCUCAGUGCCUGCAGGUUGGAGUGAUUUCCCAUGAAUUCAUGCAUUCUCUGGGCUUUGUGCAUGAGCAGUCCCGCUUCGACCGAGACAACUAUGUCACCAUCAUGUGGCCAAACAUAUGGAGAGAUCGACUGAGGAAUUUUGAAAAGUUCAGGACUGAAAGUCUGGAUCUGCCUUAUGACUACAGUUCAAUCAUGCACUUUGGGAAGUAUGCAUACUCUCAGGAUGGGGAGCCGACCAUCAUCCCUAAGAACAGCCAGAAGAUAAAGCUGGGCCAGUCAUCCAGUCUCAGCCACCUCGACAAGCUAAAGAUCAACAAACUUUAUAACUGUGGUGACACUGAUGAUAAUUAA